UUUUUGGAUAUAAGCGCGGUGGGCGCCCACACCUAGGCUACUUGAGAAUGGUCGAAAUCGGUGAGACAUCGGUAACAAGCGUAAAAUAGUUUUUUUGUGUCAUCAGUCCAUCUGAAACGCAUUGACUUGGACACUCAUCGACUCCAUCAGUCCCUGCGUCCUGUCUUCAUGCUAUCAUCCUUUUAACCAAGGCGACUUAGAAUGUGGAAUAUGCACAUCUGAAGCAUUUAUAUUUGCCAUAACGUAGAGGAACCGCACACAUCGUCAAAAGCCUUUGAACCUUUAAGGAGGGUGCCUCAGUCGUGGAGUCUGUCAGCCAUGAGACUCGGUGUGCAGGAUCUGCUGAGAGGUGUAGCGUUGCUGCUGAUUGUCCAAACAGUGGUUUCCAUGGUGAUCCCAAAUGCCACACAAUUGGAAGACAUGCUAGAAAAGUACCUGGACUUGAAUGAGAGUUCAUGGAAGCCCAACGCAAGGGGAAAGAGAGCCAUUUCACAGAGUGAUAUGCAGCUCAUCCUUGACCUUCACAACAAGCUGAGGGGCCAGGUUUACCCUCCUGCAUCGAAUAUGGAGUAUAUGGUUUGGGACACAGAGCUGGAGAGGAGUGCAGAGGACUGGGCGCAUACGUGUCUGUGGGAACAUGGACCGUCCCAUCUACUGACCCAGAUCGGCCAGAACCUAGGAGCCCACUGGGGAAGGGAUAGACCUCCAACGUUCCAUGUCCAGGCGUGGUAUGACGAGGUCCGAGACUUCAGUUACCCCUAUGCCCAGGACUGCAACCCACACUGCCCAUACCGCUGUUCAGGGCCUGUCUGCACCCAUUACACUCAGCUGGUCUGGGCAACGAGCAGUCGAAUCGGCUGCGCCAUCAACGUGUGCUACAACAUGAAUGUAUGGGGCAUGAUCUGGACCAAAGCCGUCUAUCUGGUGUGCAACUACUCGCCACCGGGUAACUGGUGGGGACACGCACCAUACAAAUAUGGCAGCCCCUGCUCUGCCUGUCCAUCCAGCUAUGGAGGAGGCUGCAGAAACAACCUCUGUUACAAAGACGAUGGCACGGACAGGCAUUAUGUGCCUGAGCCAGAAGAGACCAACUACAUCGAGCCGGAAGCGCCGUUGGCUCAAGAGCCCCGCCCAAGAGCACAGUCCCCAAGCCCAUCGCCCAAUGAGAAUGUGGAGAGGAAUGAGGUCACCAGCACAGAACAGAUGUCGCAGCAAGUCGAAUGUGACACAAAGCUGAGGGAUCAGUGCAAAGGAACAACUUGUAAUAGGUAUGAGUGUCCACCUGGUUGUCUUUACACCUGUGGGAAGGUCAUUGGGACAGGAUAUUAUGACAUGCAAUCCAGUGUGUGUGGAGCUGCCCUGCAUGCAGGGAUCAUAGAUAAUGAUGGAGGCUGGCUGGAUAUCACCAGGCAGGGCAGGAAGGAGCGCUUCUCAAAGUCCAAUAAAAACGGAAUUCAGACCCAUGGGAAAAAUCAGAGUGCCAAUGCCUUCACCGUAUCAAAAGUGCCAGUGAAAGCAGUUUCAUGUGAGACCACAGUGGCACAGUUUUGCCCAUUCAAAAAGCCUGUUAGGCAUUGCCCAAGGUUGUACUGCCCACGCAACUGCUUGCACAGCAGCUACGCCAGGGUCGUAGGAUCCCGCUAUUAUGCUGACAAAUCCAGCAUAUGCCGCGCUGCCAUCCAUGCUGGGGUGAUCCAGAGUGAGUCAGGAGGCUACCUGGACAUCAUGCCCGUGGACCGGAGGAGACAGUACAGCGGUUCCUACCAGAAUGGGAUCACUUCCGAGAGCCUGAGGAAUCCCACAGGAGGAAAAGCUUUCAGAGUGUUUGCGGUCAUUUGAAGCCCUGCUCCAAGGACGAGCAAUGAAAUAGAGCACUUGGUUACAACCAGCCUGUAAUUACGGUGUGUUUGGUUUUUCGGCUCACACUGAGCUGUGCUUGAGGCCAACGCUGUCACGACAGGUCUUCUCAGCGGAGGAAAAAGUGCUGGCCUUGGUCCUGUCAAGCAUGUGAAAUAUGGGGUCUUAACCUGUAUCAACAAGCUAUUUUGUGUAACUGUACAUUUGGUGUAUAUACAAUUUUACUCUGUAAAUAUAUUAAUGCUUUAUUUGUUGUCUCUCAUCUUUUUUAUGGAUAAGGUAAGCAACAGGAAAAAUCUGGUCAUCUUAAGGCAAGCACAUAAAGAUCCUUAUUAUAAUGAUAUGGAAAUAGUCCUGAGCCUGCACAAACAAAUCUUCAUUUGGUAUUCUCAGAGCUCAAGACAGUAUGCAAUGGUUAUAUUUUUAUAUGUUUAUUUUUUAUAGGUACCUA